AUGGCUGCUCUCUCUGCCUUGCUGAAGACCUGGGUGAUACUGCAGACCCUCUGCCUGGCUUUGGCCCAAGUGAGGGGUCCACCUGGACCACAGGGCCAGCCGGGCCCACCAGGCCCCUCCGGCACCCCCGGGUCAGACGGCAUCGAUGGAGAUAAAGGACCCCCCGGCCCCCCUGGACCACCAGGACAAAAGGGAGAGCCAGGAGAGCCAGGUCCUGAUGGAGCACCGGGAGAGAACGGCAUUGAUGGUUUGAUUGGAGCAAAGGGUGACCGAGGUCCUGUUGGGAGCCCCGGCUCCAAGGGUCAACCUGGACCAACUGGUGAACCUGGACCUCCUGGACCCGGCCUUCCUGGACUGGCUGGUGCUCCGGGACCAAUUGGUCUUCCAGGAGAAAUUGGACCAAAUGGGCCAAAGGGUGUGAUGGGACCACCUGGACCUCCAGGACUACCUGGACCUCCUGGCAAGCCUGGUCCUCCAGGUAAGUUUCUUGGUGGAGAAGAAGGCAGCGCAGAAUUUCAGUGUCCUCUUAACUGUCCAUCAGGACCUAAAGGCCCACAAGGACUGCAGGGGGUCAAGGGACACAAAGGGCGUGCUGGUGUUCUUGGAGAUCCUGGCAGCAUAGGAAAACUGGGUAUCAAGGGAGAAACUGGCAUCUCUGGGGAACAGGGUAUCCCCGGACCUCCGGGUCCAAUGGGUCUCAGGGGCUAUCCAGGAAUGAUGGGUCCUAAAGGGGAAGCAGGGCCUCGUGGUUACAAGGGCAUCAACGGACCUGUAGGAAUUCCUGGGCCUCCUGGUGAAGAAGGCCCUCAGGGACCUCCUGGAGAGCCAGGUGACAAAGGAGAUAAAGGCGGCCGAGGCAUCCAGGGCCCACAGGGCGCAGUUGGCAAAAAGGGAGAGAAUGGUCUGCCGGGCAUUGAUGGAAAGGAUGGCACACCUGGUGUUCCUGGAAUCAAGGGUGCGCCCGGCCAGGCUGGGAUGCCGGGUCCUCCUGGUCCGCAGGGAGCAGCGGGAUUGCCUGGAGCACCAGGAGCAAAAGGUGGACCUGGAGAUAAAGGAGAGAAUGGACCCAGGGGUCACGCCGGCAUGCAGGGUGCACCUGGACCUCUGGGUGAGCCUGGUCUUCCUGGUGAGGCUGGUAUGGAAGGAGUUCCUGGACCUAAGGGCGACAGAGGCCAGCGGGGACCAGUCGGACCACAGGGUGUUGUCGGAAAACCUGGAAGCAAAGGAGAGAGAGGACCCCCAGGUGUCCCAGGAGCUCAGGGUCUAAGUGGCACUAAAGGAGAUAAGGGUUUCCAAGGAAAAGUCGGGUCAAAGGGAGACAUUGGUGACCCCGGCGUUGAGGGAUUGGCCGGAGAGAAAGGUGAAAAGGGUUUGUCUGGUGAGCCUGGACCCAAAGGACAGCAAGGUAUCAGGGGAGACAUGGGACACAAUGGACCCACUGGGGACCCUGGUAAGCCUGGAGACCAGGGGCCAGCAGGACUUCCUGGUCCUAGAGGACUCAACGGAGAGCGAGGAGUUCCCGGCAUGCCUGGUAUUCCAGGAGCAUCUGGACGUGAUGCGUCAGACCAGCAUAUUAUUGAAGUGGUGUUGAAGAUGUUGCAGGAGAGGCUAGCGGCGGUAGCAGUAAGCGCCAAGAGGGCUGUGCUCGGUGGAGCCGGCGUGAUGGGUCCACCCGGGCCUCCUGGACCUCCAGGGUCACCCGGACCUCAGGGACCUCAUGGUUUACCUGGUGCACGUGGCAUUCCUGGAAUGAUCGGAGCACCAGGACAGAUUGGAAACACAGGAUUGAAAGGAAAGAGAGGGCCUAAAGGAGAAAGAGGAGACCCUGGUAAACCUCAUCCUGGACUACCAGGACCUCCAGGAAUACAAGGUCCUCCUGGUGUUGAUGGUGUAGCCAGGGAUGGCCGCCAUGGUGAAAGAGGACCACAAGGAGCAGCCGGAGAGGCCGGUCGCCCCGGUAAGGCGGGCUCACCUGGUCUCCCAGGCUACUGCGAGGCAGCCAUGUGUCUGGCUGCGUCAGCGUACACCUCCCCGAGGCUACAGGAGGCGGGAAGAAUCAAAGGACCCAAUGUUUAGGGAGCUGUCUCUCCAUCAGCAGCUCACAAAUCCUGGGACAGAGAGAGAGAGAGAGAUAAAGAGAAGGAGAAAAGACCACGGAUCUUAGCAGGACAACAUCCAGAAUGAGAAGGCAGGGGGGCAGUAACAGUAGCCCCUCUUUUUUUGGAAACCUGAAGUUUUAACUGGUGGGACACACUCUGAUCUUAAUCCCCCACAUCACCAUGACAACUGCAGCUCACAGCCACCCACAUCUUUCUGAAUCCUCUUGUGUUUUUGGAUCAUGUCAGUGUCG